GCAAAUUAAGCCACCGAGCUGCAGUGAAGAAAGGUUUAAUCCGCAGCGGAGAGGUCAUUGGAUUCAAGCAUGUUUGGCACAUCAAAACCAUGCUCUGGAGGGUAGCUCAGGGUUGCUGGGAGUGGGGCUUGACGUAUGUUACUGUGAUGCAUCUGAGCACGGGUAUCAUGCCUGCCAUCGGUAGGUAUGUCUCCUGACCAUUUCAUCACUGCAGCUGUUGGGAAAAAGUUUUUAUGAAAAAUUUGACUGACAGUAUGUUGGAUAUGGAGUCCAAAUUGUCCAAUAUCUAAAAGGCAAAAAUUCAACAAUAGUUGUCCUUUCUGUAAUGUCUUUCACAUAUGCUACAUAAUUUAUUUGAAGUGGAGUACAAAUCAUCCUGCUAAAUAAAACUUUAAGAAAUGAAGACUAGGUGAUUUCUGGAGAGCACUGAGCAGGACUCGGUCGUCCAGCCCGGUCGUCCGUGCCAGGCCACAAAGAAAGGGUUUCCUGGUGGACCAUCAUCCCUUCCCUCUAGACAGCCCGCACCCCGGGGGCCUGAAAAAUGCUUAGAUCUACAUGGAAUUUUCUGAAACGUCACAAAAAGAAAUGCAUCUUCCUGGGCACGGUCCUCGGAGGAGUAUAUAUCCUGGGGAAAUAUGGACAGAAGAAAAUCAGAGAAAUAUAAGAAAGGGAGGCUGCAGAAUACAUUGCCCAAGCGCGACGACAGUAUCAUUUUGAAAGUAACCAGAGGACUUGUAACAUGACAGUGCUGUCCAUGCUCCCAACACUGAGAGAGGCCUUGAUGCAGCAACUCAACUCAGAGAGCCUUACAGCUCUGCUGAAAACCAGGCCUUCAAACAAGCUAGAAAUAUGGGAGGAUCUGAAGAUAAUAAGUUUCACAAGAAGUAUUGUAGCUGUAUACAGUACUUGCAUGCUGGUGGUUCUUUUGCGAGUCCAGUUAAACAUCAUCGGUGGAUAUGUUUAUUUGGAUAAUGCAGCAGUUGGCAAAAAUGGCACCACAGUUCUUGCCCCCCCAGAUGUCCAACAGCAAUAUUUAUCAAGUAUUCAGCACCUCCUUGGAGAUGGCCUGACAGAAUUGAUCACUGUCAUUAAACAGGCUGUGCAGAAGAUUUUAGGAAGUGUUUCUCUUAAACAUUCUUUGUCCCUUUUGGACUUGGAGCAAAAACUAAAAGAAAUCAGAGAUCUCAGUGAGCAGCAUAAAUCUUCUUCUUGGAUUAAUAACGUUGGAUCCAAAUCUUUAUUAUGCCAUUAUAUGAUGCCAGAUGAAGAAACUCCAUUAGCAGUUCAGGCCUGUGGACUUUCACCUAGAGAUGUUACCACUAUUAAAUUACUCAAUGAAACUAGAGACAUGGUGGAAAGUCCAGAUUUUAGUACAGUUUUGAAUACCUGUCUGAACCGAGGGUUCAGUAGACUGCUAGACAACAUGGCGGAGUUCUUUCGACCUACUGAACAAGACCUGCAGCGUGGUAGCUCCAUGAACAGUCUUUCUAGUGUCAGCCUGCCUUUAGCUAAGAUAAUUCCCAUAAUAAAUGGACAGAUCCAUUCAGUUUGCAGUGAAACGCCUAGUCAUUUUGUUCAGGAUCUGUUAAUGAUGGAGCAAGUGAAAGACUUUGCUGCUAAUGUGUACGAGGCUUUUAGUACUCCUCAACAACUGGAGAAAUGAUUGGUUUUUUCCUUCAAGAACAGCUACAAUGGGAUUCAAUUACUUUUUUAAAAAAAUGCACUGAAUAAAUCAACUAUAUAUAGGGUAAUGAUUUGUUACCAUAAUGUCUAAUAAAAAUAUAUUCUUAAUCAAAAAAAAAAAAAAGAAAUGAAGACUAUAUAUUAGUUUGUGGAAUGGCUGUGUUUGUAGGAAAAUUUGCCAUGGAAUAAAUUUCUAGUAUUUAACUUCAGUUUUCUCUUUGACUUAAAAUGUAACUUUGAAGAAACACAGAGAGUAGUAAAAAAGAAGUAAAAAAGGUAGCCCAAGAUAAUAAAGUCAUUUAAAACCAAAGAAAAUUUUGUAAGAAGAUAUGAUCUGAAACAACAAAUACUUUACUAGUGAAAUUUCUGGUAUGUCACCUAACCUUUAAUUUCAGUCUUAGAUCCUAUCACUAAGCUCUAAAGCUAAAUAUUCUAAUAUUUAGCUAAUAUUUUAAAAUCUAAAUAUUUUAAUAUCUUAGCUAUCAACUUUGCCUUAUGAAUGUGUUAAAUUUAUAAUCCCUUAUUUGAUUUAUUUAACACACCUAGCUUGUAAUUGCAGGCACUCUUUGUUCAGUGUCUUAUGAUGGAAACUAAAUUACAGUUCUUGGUACUUUGGGAUUUGAGCUUUUAUUUCAUUUAACUUACUCAUUAUAAUUUUCACUAAUUGUUUUUUGACUAGGGAGGACAUUUCCAUGGUUCAAAAUUCAAAGAUGUACAGUGGAAAAAUCUCUUUCCUCUUCUUGUCUCUUAGCCAUCUACUUUCUCUCCUGAGAAACAACCUGUGUUUUCAGUUUCUUGUAUAUCCUCUCAGCAAGAGUUAAUAGAUGUAAAAUCAAAUAUAUAUAUACACAUAUAUAUGUCUGCACACAUAUCUACAAACAUUUCUGUCACACCUUUCACUCUUUUUUUAUAAACCAAAUGGCAAUGUAUAUUAUGUACAUCAUUCGCCUCCUUGCCUUCUUUGCUAUAAUACACAUCCUGGAGGUUUGUCCAUAUCGGUAUGUAAUAAAUUUUUAUGGCUACAUAGUAGUCUACUGUAUGGAUAUGCUGUGGUUUAAUCAGCCCCCUCUUGGUAGGUAGUUGGGUUAUUCUUAAUUUUUUGCUUUUAUAGUGCUAUUCUUGUACCUGAGAGUAUAUGAUAAAUUGGAUGUUUUCAUAAUUAGAGCCUAAAGCAUUCUCAUAUAUAGUUUCUUUUAAGCAAUAAACCUGUUCUUCUAUUUUUAAAAUCACAUUUGUAAAAAAGAAAUUAUGUUCAUAUUAAGAGCAUAUUGACCCCACUGUUAAGCAUAUUGUAAUCUAUUUCAGUGUAGAGAGAUAGGGCAUAAAGGAAAAACAGAUUAGAAAUAUAUAGCACAUAGAGAUUGAAUCAUUGAGGUUUACAUUUGAGCUGUUUUCCUGCCCCAAGCUCUGAACUAUCUGUUCCCUGAAACAAAGAACAGGCACUUAUGGAGAAGGAAAUGGCAACCCACUCCAGUAUUCUUGCCAAGAGAAUUCCAUGGACAGAGGAGCUUGGUGGGCUAGUCCAUGAGGUCACAAAGAGUGGGACAAUAAAGGUUACUUCAAUAACCAGAUAAAACAAAGAAAACACACUUAACCCAAGGCAGCUUCGGGUUAAGUCACACCCUGCACUUAGCAUCUGUGCGAUCUGGGGCUGAGCACCCCCUGGGCAGGAAGGUACUGCUCCUCCAAG